AUGUCUCUUCUCCCACCAACUUUUGAAAGACAAAAAUUAACAAUUGCAAAAAGAAGGUUUGAAUUCCAUUCUAAAACCAUUUACAAAAAGCAUAGAGCAACUCAGAACAUGGGUAUUACAAUUGAAGAAGUGGAAUGGCAGAUCUAUGAUAAAGAAGAAAUCACAAAUAAUCAUAUAUAUCAAUGCAUCCAAAGUAGUAAAGAACAGUCUAAAAUGUUGAAAGUUUUUACAAAACCAAUCUAUUCUAAUAUGAUUAGACUCAAUGAUAACAGUUGUAUAUAUCAACCAUCAGAAAAGCAUGUUAGCUUCUCAGACAAGUCGAAUUGCAGAGAAAAUAAGGAAAAUAUGUAUAAAUUGAAAGAUCAGAAUUCAAGUGCA